AUGCACAUUCUUGUUCUAGGGGCUUCUGGUGCUAUCGGCUGUCUAUUCUGUGAUAUCGCUCUUAAUGAAGGGCAUCAUCUUACACUAUUUGUCCGAAAUGCCAGCAAAGUUCCCGAACACCUCCGCCUGAGUGAAGGAACAGAGAUUAUUGUAGGCACGCUUGAGGCCGAUUUGGACCUGGAAGUAGCCGCAAAAUGUGGAGCAGACAUCAUCUCUUUUGCAGGGCCAGCAUUUAGAGCACAGGGCACACCUUUGACAGAUGCCUACAAACUCCUCAUUCCAAAGCUCGCCUCCCAAAACAUACCCCGUAUUCUCAUUCUUUGCACUCCAUCUUUCAGAGACGAAUCUGAUAUUAUAACAUCGACGUGGUGGGCAGGAAAAUGGUUCAUGAAGCUGUUCAGUCCUGGCCAAUAUCAGGAGAUGGUAGGUGUUGGAGAAGCGAUUUCUUCCUUACCCGACACAGAUGGCCUCCAAUGGGGAUUAUUCCGAGUCGGCGGGCUUACAAACGGAAAGGAGGCACCGGUUAAUGCAACAUACUUGGGUAGUGGAGUGGAUAACACAUGGAUUAUCCGAGCUAGUGUUGCGAGAUGGGUUUUGGAUGAGGCGGUUGAAGGGAAAGCGGUGGGAAAGAUGCCAUACAUAUGUAACAAAUGA